UCCUGCUCUGCUCCCUUUCAUCACUCGCCAAGAUGAGCUACGGAUCUGACUUCAAUUCCGCUUCUUCCUACCGAAAGAUGUUCGGGGAGUCUCCCCGUUACUCCAGCUCUCCUUCCCGGAUGAGCAAUGCCUCUUUACGCAGUGGCGGUUACCGGUCCCACUCUCAGUCCCGGAGCAUGGGCUCUAACCUGGGCUCCUCUUUCCACCAAAAGAGGUCCUCUGGCCGGUCCUACUCGCAGAUGCCCAUGCCGAUGGAGAACUUGGAUUUCGCCCAGAGCACGGUGCUCAACAAUGAGUUCAAAAUCAUCCGCACCAACGAGAAGGAGCAGAUGAUGGGGCUCAAUGACCGCUUUGCCAUGUUCAUCGACAAGGUUCGCAACUUGGAACAGCAGAACAAGGUGCUCGAGACCGAGCUGGUGACCCUGCGUCAGAGGCAGACUGAGCCCUCGCGCCUGGCGGACCUGUACCAGCAGGAGAUCCGCGAGCUGCGCUCCCAGCUCGAUGAGGUGAACGGCGAGAAGUCCCAGAUCCUCAUCGAGCGUGACAACAUCGAGGAGGACCUGCAGAAGCUCCGCGGCAAAUACGAUGACGAGUACCGCCUGCGGGAGGAAGCCGAGCAGACCCUCAAGGCGUUCAAGAAGGACGUGGACGACGCCACCAUGGUGCGUUUAGACCUGGAGAAGAAGGUAGAAUCGCUCCUCGACGAGAUCAACUUCAUGAGGAAGGUGCACGAGGAGGAGGUGGCCGAGCUUAUGAACAUGAUCCAAGCCGCCCAGGUGUCCGUGGAGAUGGAGGUCUCCAAACCUGACCUCACCUCUGCCCUGAAGGAGAUUCGAGGCCAGUACGAGUCCAUGGCCUCAAAGAACCUCCAGUCCGCCGAGGAGUGGUACAAGUCGAAGUUCGUUGACCUCAAUGAGCAGGCCACCCGUAGCCAGGAGGCGAUGCGCGCCAGCCGGGAGGAACUCAACGAGUUCCGGAGGCAGCUCCAGUCCAAGACCAUCGAGAUUGAGAGCCUGAGGGGAACCAACGAGUCCCUGGAAAGGCAGCUCAACGAGAUGGAGGAGAGGCACAACCAGGAGAUUGGCCAGUACCAGGACAACAUGGCCGAGAUGGACAAUGACCUGAGGACCACUAAGAGCGAGAUGGCUCGUCACCUGCGGGAGUACCAGGACCUGCUGAAUGUCAAGAUGGCACUGGAUAUUGAAAUUGCUGCAUACAGGAAACUCCUGGAAGGGGAAGAGACUCGCAUCGGCACAGGCAUCACCUUCUCCAGCCCCAGCAUGAACAUGAGGUCCUCCGAGAUGAGGUCCUCCGAGAUGAGGUCCUUCGGGAUGAGGUCCUCCAACAUGACCUCCUCCGGCGACGUAGACUUGCCCAGCAUGGGCAGCUACAACCAGACCACCAGGUACACCACCAUCUCUGGAGGAUCCCAGAAGGACGAGGGAAAGGACCAGGAGGAUGGGCAGAGCAAGUCUGGCAAGGGGUCCAACGACGGAGACCAGAAGGGGUCCAGCGACGCCAACCAGAAGAACUAGACUCUCCCCUUCCCUUAGGUUUAACCUUACACCUUCCAUCCCCUCCCUCCUACUCCCCAUCCCCCUCUCCCCCUUUACAGGGGUAUUCUCAGAGAGGAAUCCGUUAUAGUUUAGACUCUACUACUACUACUACUGUGUAACCUACCACUAUCCAACAACCAAUCACUGUACUUCUCGCCACUCUACUCUCUUACUAUGACAACAACAAAGUAGUUACAGGCACACUUCUGGCCCUAUCAGGAGACACGUAGGUUGUGGUGAUAGGAACAUACAGUUCAGUACAAUACUCCAAACAGUUUACUCUCACUUUGGGCUCGCGCUAUUGUAUGGCACUAGCCUGGUUUAACCAGACUGAACCCUGCGCUCACUAGAAACGGUGAAACACAGUUAAAUCCGUCUGGGACGCCAGGCUAGUUUGGCAUCGAGCUGUGAUAGAUGUCAUUCAGUUCAAGAAAUAAUCACGCGCUACUGCCACCGCCUAUGAUAAUAUUCUCUAUACACAUUCCAUAGGGGGAGGGGGUGUGUGUGUGUGUGUGAGAGAGAGUUUGAAUUUGUGCACGGAAAACAAAAAUCCAAAACAUAUCAGCUUGUUAACACGUCUACUACAUCCACAUACUACAAUAUGAAGGGAAGCACCUGUAUGGUACGGAGGUGAGAGCUAGAGAUCGACCAAGUUGUUAAAGGAGCACACAGUUAUUCAAAGUCAGACAACCAACAAGAUCUGUGAUCUUGCUGAGCCAUUUUUGCCUUAUCUACAACGCAGAUAAUAUUGCGAACUCUUGCGUUUCAAUGCAAUGCAGAUAAAAAAAAUUU